AUGAUUCGAUUUAUUCUUAUACAAAAUCGAGCUGGAAAAACUCGUUUGGCUAAAUGGUUCAUGAACUUUCAUGAUGAUGAAAAACAAAAAUUAAUUGAAGAAGUUCAUGCUUUGGUUACUGUACGCGAUGCUAAACAUACAAAUUUUGUUGAGUUUCGUAAUUUUAAAAUAGUCUAUCGUCGUUAUGCUGGCUUAUACUUUUGUAUUUGUGUAGAUGUUAAUGAUAAUAAUUUAGCUUAUCUUGAAGCAAUACAUAAUUUUGUUGAAGUUCUCAAUGAAUUCUUUCACAAUGUGUGUGAACUUGAUUUGGUCUUCAAUUUCUAUAAAGUUUAUUCAGUAGUCGAUGAAAUGUUUUUAGCUGGUGAGAUACGAGAAACAAGUCAAAUUAAAGUGUUAAAACAACUUACUACAUUAACAUCACUUGAAUAA